AUGGGUCGGAAGAGGCACUGGUUGAUUUCGAUUCAGGGAUAUCGUCGGAGGCUGAUGAGGAUGACAAAGCAGCAGCAGCAACAGAGGGCUUGCGUCAUACUUUCUCAAUAUAACAUUAUCUACUUGAUAAGAAAGGCAGUAAAAGGAAGUGUGAUAGCAGAUCUUCUGGCUGAAAACCCAAUCAAUGAUUAUGAGGCUCUAGAUUUUGAAUUCCCAGAUGAGUAUAUUAAUGCAGUAGGCAAUGAUGUGGAGGGACCAGAUGUUGUGUGGGAAAUGUAUUUUGAUGGAGCAGUCAAUUUAUCCAGUAAUGGGAUUGGGGCAAUGCUGGUAGCCCUAGAUGGAAAACAUUUUCCAAUAGCUGUUAAGCUAAGAUUUGGUUGUACUAAUAACGUAACAGAGUAUGAAGCCUACGUGAGUGGCUUACAGGCUGCCCUUGAAAUGAAGAUAAGGAAAUUAAAGAAAUAUCUCCUCAAACUAAUCAAGGAAUUUGAAGAGAUUUCCUUCACUCAUCUGAGCCGUGACAAGAACCAAUUUACCGAUGCCUUAGCUACUUUAGCCGUGAUGACUCAAAUGGAGGAAGGGCAGAUAAUGCAGUUAUUACAAAUUAAAGCAAGGAGUAAGCCAGCAUACCGCUGUAUGAUUGAAGAAGAAACAGAUAGUAAACCCUGGUAUCAUGAUAUUCAGAUGUACAUCAAAAAUAGAGAAUACCCUCCUGGGGCAAACAGAAACAAAAGAAGAAUGAUAAGAAGGUUAGCGCUGGGAUACUUCCCCAAUGGCAAAAUCUUGUACAAGAGAACCUCUAACGGCGAGUUGUUGAAUGCAAAAGAAGCAAGGAGGAUUCUUUUUAAACCUAUGAAGGGAACUGCGCUACUCAUAACAAUGGGUAUAUGA